GUGACUCUGGUGAAAGAAUUCCACAAUUUACAGUUGAUUUACAACGCAAUCUAUCCUCGCCAAUAGCUAUGGCGAAUCAAUGGUGUAAUAAACAAUCUAUAUUGAAUGAUUUGGUGGAAAUCACACAGGGGAAAGUCCCUGUUGAUUUAUCUAGAUGCAUAACUGCUGGUAAACCUCAAGCAUACUCCGUCAAAGAAGAAACAGAGGAAGAGUAUUUUCAAUAUUGUUCUGGAGAUGUGAAUUUUUCAAGGCCAGACCUGGCAUCCAUAUCUGAAAUGCUGUCUAUGGUACAACAGGUAGAAGAUGACCCUCCCGAAUUUGAGGCUAACACUGGACAGUAUGUAACUAUCACAAAACUGAAAACUGCUGAAGUUAUAUCUGAAGAAGACAAAACACGUGAUGAAGAAAUUGAACGGUUGACAUUGGCUUUAAAAACUAAGAUAAAUACAGCACCAAAAACUGCUAAAGGAAGGGGCGAAAGAAACGUGGCACUGGCAUCUUUGCUAAAAGUCCAAGCUGGAGUCAUACCAGCUAGCUUUAAAAAGGAUUUAAAGGCUGGUGUAUUGUUAGACCAUUCCACUAGAAACCGUAACAAUAACAAAGAAGGUGCACCAAUUGUGAAUGGAGUUACAAAUAGUAUUAAAGCCAAAGCGAAAGUUCUAGAAUUCAAAGCUAGGAUUGGAGAAUUUGAUGCUUGUAAUAAGAAUAAAGUUACUGAAUCAAAUGUGACUGUUACUGACACAGCUGUUGAAGCUAAAACAGAGAUAGAACAAAUGAAUACAGCAAAGGAUAACAAGGUUAAGUUGCUUAAGCCUGAAGACUUUAUGCCCACAUCUGUUUCCAAUAAUAGUAAUGUUGAAUCCAUUGGUGAUAAAAAUACCACUUCUGCAUCAAAGAUCGAAACUGAAAGUGAUGAGAAAGUUAAGAAUUGCAUCAGUCGGAAUGUUAGAAAAGGUCCAGUUCUGUCUGCAACUUCGAUGUUCAAGCGAAAAGCACCGAAAACACCAUCUAAUAUACCUACAGUUGACACUCAAACAAGUCCCAAACCUAAAUCUACACUCAAUUCUACCUCUUAUGUACCUACACCGUUAGCUACAGAAUACUAUAACAAGUUUAAAGAAAUGGCUGAUGUGAAAAAGGCUAUGAAGGAAGAUAUAUGGACUCAAGCGGAGAAGAAAAUGAAAGAGAUUGAAGAAAAAAACAAAAUGGCCGCUGAAGUUAAGAUGGCGGAUGCUGAAGAAACGAAGGUUGAGGAAAAUAAUAUCGAGGCCAGCAGCAGUGAUGAUAAAGAGAUACCUCAGUACAUAUACCUACCUCAACACCGCCAUCUGUUGGCAGACGAGUGUGUAGUUUGCAGAGUUCUCUGCAAAAACGAUGACAACACUUCAUUACCAGCAAUCCCUUCUUCCACUAAUGAUGAUGAUGAUGAUGCGGAGAUUAUUGUGCUGUCGGACUAGAUUGUACGUAGACCAUCAUCAUCACAACCCAUCACGUCGCCACUGCUGGGGCUUCGGUCUCCUUCCAAUGAAUGAGUUUCAGUCCUAGUCCACCAGGCUGGCCUAGUGCGGGUUGG